AUGAGGACUCAGACUCUGAAACUUUUGGGCUUAGAGAGGCUUAUUGUUGUAAAGUUCUCUAAAGAACAAAAGUGUCGAUUCAGAUCCCUAUGGAACAAAGCUCUCAUUGUCAAAGUGUAUGGAAGAUUAGUUGGCUUCUCGUUUCUCCAUGCUAGACUUUUUUCCCUGUGGAAACCAAUUGGCAAGAUUAACUGUGUGGAUUUGGGUGAGGAAUUCUUUCUUGUUUGUUUCUCAGUGAAGGAGGAUUGUGAGGCUGUGCUUAGGAAUGGACCAUGGUUUAUUGGAGAAAACUUCUUGUCCAUUAGACCAUGGGAACCAAACUUCCAUCCAUCAGAAGCCAACAUCUCCUUAGUUGCGGUGUGGGUGAGGCUAAAUGAACUUCCUAUCGAGUAUUAUGAUGUUAAGGCCUUGCAGAUCAUUAGGAAUGUGAUUGGCAGAGUACUAAGGAUUGAUACUCAUACAGAAAAUGAAUCUUGGGGAAGAUUUACAUGCCUUUGUAUUCAGAUUGACAUCGAGAAACCUCUAGUCAUGGCGGUUCUUAUUGGCAGAAAAGAACAACCUGUUACAAAGAAAGGAAUCCAGAAGCUUUGCUUUUCAUGUGGAAGGAUUGGUCACUGGUGA